UCAGUCGCACAGCUACCUGGUAGGUGACUGGAGGUGUUGAUCAGUGCUCCCUGGGAUUUUGCUGAUGUGGCCCCAACCCUGCCUCCCUCCCCACCCGGCGAUGGCAGAAGAAACUCGACAGAGCAAAUUGGCAGCAGCCAAGAAAAAGUUAAAAGAAUAUUGGCAGAGAAACAGCCCUGGUGUUCCAGCAGGAGCCAAGAGGAGCAGAAAAACAAAUGGCAGCAUCCCUGAGACAGCCACUUCUGGUGGUUGCCACUCACCUGGAGAUUCAGCAACAGAUAUCCACAGGGAGGGCCCUACAUCAUCUGCUACCCUGAAGGAUCUGGAGAGCCCGUGCCAAGAACUAGCAGUAGUCCUGGACUCAAGGUCUGUAAAAAUCAGUCAACUGAAGAACACCAUCAAAGCUUUGGAAAAGAAAGCAAACAAUGAGAAACAGAAAGCUGAAAGGGAGCUAGAGUUUCAAAUCCAGAGAUUGGACAUACAGAAAGGGAAACUAAAUAUGGACCUGUACCACAUGAAACGUUCUCUGAGAUACUUUGAAGAAGAGUCCAAGGAUCUGGCCGUCCACCUGCAACAUUCAUUGCAGCGUAAAGGAGAGUUAGAGCGGGCUCUCUCUGCUGUCACCGCCACACAGAAGAAGAAGGUGGACAGGUUCUCCAGCCGCAGUAAAGCACAUAUGGAGUGGAAGUUAGAGCAGUCCAUCCGGGAGCAGGCACCGCUGAAAGUGCAGCUGACACAGUUGAAGGAGUCGCUUAAACAAGUCCAGCUAGAAAGGGAUGAAUAUGCUCAACAUAUAAAAGGAGAGAGGGCCCGGUGGCAGCAGAGGAUGAGAAAAAUGUCACAGGAGGUUUGCACAUUGAAGAAGGAGAAGAAGCAUGAUAAGCAUCGGGUAGAGAAGCUGGAGAGUAGCUUGUCCAAACUCAAAAACCAUAUGGCUGAACCCCUGCCCCCAGAGCCCCCAGCAGUGCCCUCUGAGGUGGAGCUGCAGCACCUGAGGAAGGAACUAGAGAGAGUGGCAGGAGAACUCCAGGCCCAGGUGGAGAACAAUCAGUGCAUAAGUCUCCUGAAUGAGGGGCAAAAGGAGAGGUUUCGGGAUCAGGAGGAGAAGCUUCAGGAGCAGGAGGAGAAGCUUCGGGAACAGGAGGAGAGGCUUCAGCAGCUGGCUGAGCCACAGAGCAGCUUCAAGGAGCUGAACAAGGAGAAAAAGAGUGUACUACAGUUGGAGCAGCAAGUAAAGGAGCUGCAGGAGAAGCUAGGCAAGGUGAAGGAGACGGUAACCUCCACGUCAUCCAAGAAGGUGGGUAGCCCUGGGCUCCUCCCAGGUCUGGACAUCAUCAUCCCAGCUAGAGGCAUGGAGCCCCCCAAUCACAGGGGAAGACAGAGUGGUAUAAUAGGCUCGUUAUGCCAGGAGCAUCUGGAAGCUGCCAGCCAGCAGAACCAGAAGCUAACAACCCAGCUGAGCCUCAUGGCUCUCCCUGGGGAAGGAGAUGGAGGAGGACAUCUGGACAGUGAGGAGGAAGAGGCACCUCAGCCCAUUCCGAGCAUCCCACAGGACCUGGAGAGCAGGGAGGCCAUGAGCGGCUUUAUGGACCACCUGGAGGAGAAGGCAGACCUGAGUGAGCUGGUGGAGGAAGAACUUGGAUUCAUCCAGUACUGCAGAGACAGAUGCCAUCCGAAAGUUCAUCACCUUAUCACAGAGCCAGGGGGCAGUGCCAAAGAUGCGGCACCUGGAGGAGGACAUCAUCAGGCUGGCCCUGGACAGGGAGGAGAUGAAGGUGAAGCUCCUGGAGCUGCAGGAGAUGGUGUUGCGGCUGGUGGAGACUACAAAAAGGGGUACAGCAAAUUCCUGGCCGCUGCCCAGAACUCUGCUCAUAAGCCCGGUCCAGGAGCCCCAGCCCCCCAGGAGCUUGGAGCUGCCCACAAGCAUGGUGAUCUUUGUGAGGUGAGCUUCACUGACAGCGUGGAGCCUGCGCAAGGAGAGGCCAGGGUGGGUUCUCCCCACGACAACCCUACUGCACAGCCAAUCAUGCAGGACCACCAGGAACACCCAGGCUUGGGCAGCAACUGCUGUGUGCCAUUCUUUUGCUGGGCUUGGCUGCCAAGAAGAAAGAGAUAAAUAUCACUGUCAUCCAAGAGCUGCUCAAGAAAUUUUUUAAAAAGAAACAAAGUUAUUGGUUAAUCUCCUACACAAUUCAUUUACUUCAUUUGAAUGUUACAGCCACUCAUGAUUAUUUGUGUUUCUAAUUUAUAGUUUAAGUUUAUUUGUAAAGUUAAAAGAGAGUUGGACUCUGUGGCUUUCACUGAUGUUCACUUUGGUAUCCUUUAGCAAUUUUCUUUUUCAAUUUCAUAAUUGUAGGUCAUUAGCAUGCAUAUUGAGUUUGCCCUUAUGUGGUGGGAGUUCAAACACACAAAGACCCAGUAUUUGCAAGAAACUAUUCUCGCUGGUUUGGAAUAGGCUGCCAUGUGUUUUUAAUGUUAUUGCCGCAUGUAUAUUCAUUACAGAAUUCAGAUAAAAUUUGCUUACGUUCUGCUAUUGUUUGAUCUAAUCUUAAUCACAGUGAGCUCUUCAUUAGCUCAAUAUGUGGUUUGCCCCCAAGUGUGCACUGUUGAAUACUUUGUAAUAUGCCACCAUGAGUACUGACAUUUAGAGUUGUCUAAAGGCCGAGAACUGGAAACAGCCUUUCCCCCAUUUUCUGUGUAUUGGUGAUGGGAGUAAUAACAUUUUGGGGGAGCUUUUUAAAUCUCACAGAAGAGGAAAGUGGCCUGCUCUGGCAGGUAUGUGCAGGAUAGAGUGUGUUUCAUUUGUUCUGGUGCCAGGAAUUAGUGCUGUAGUAUGGUAGUUUCCUUAGGAUUUGUAUGUGUUCUGGGCUCAUGAAGAUAUUGCAUCAGGAGCUGCAGCAGUUGUACUCUUUUUCGAUGACCUAAAAAGGGAUUAUUUCUGAGGAAUGAAAGGUUCCCAUCAUUGACUGUGGAUAUGGAAAACCUUUCCUAGCUUAGAGCAUUUGUAUCUACAAUACAUUUUGAAGUCAGAGUUCAUGUUCCCUGUUUUAAUCCAUGACUACAUGUCCCAGCACACAAAAGGGCACUGGUUGGCAUUCUUCUUAAUGUAUUUAGUAAAGAUCAUAAGAAAUCCUUUAAGAGUUCAACUGUCCCUGGAACAGGCAUACAGGCUCUAGUCAAGAAUGAAUUAGAGUGAAGGAAAGCUGUGUGACACCUGGCAUUCCCCUGUUCAUGGAGCUUCUCUGAGGCUUGAAGACUGAUUUUACCAUCUAGACAUCUCUGGCUAAUACCUAUUCUUCAACCACCUUUGUUACUCUGACAUAGGAAUUUACUUCUUUUCCUUGAGUGGAAAACACUUUAAAAAUUAAUAAUGAACAUUAUUAUAAACUAAUAUACGUGAGAGUCCUUAGUUGAAACAAAAAAGAGUUGUAGUAAACAGUAUUAUACUAUCUUUGAAAAUCAAAGAGAAGUUUAUGCAACUUAAAAUGUUUACAAACUGCAGUGCAAUCUACUGUUUGUGAAUCUCAGUGUAUUAAGAAAUGUGUCUACACAAUCACAGAGUUAUAUUUCCUCACAAACUACGAAGAGUGAAAUAUGUUUUUGUAACUCUCAGUUUCAGUUAGGGGCAUAUUUUGUGCAGUAUUUAUGUGAUUGUGCCUAUGCAUGAUGAAUGAAUGAAUUUCAGUCAUACAUUGCCUAAAUCAUAACUUGAUGAUGCUUGGGAAAGACUCAACAGUUCAAACUUCAUGAAGUUCUAAUGUCUAUGUUCCAAAACACAUGACAUUAUUAGGAUGUAGGGAGAUAUGUAUGUGUGCUCCCUGGGGUGGGGAUUUCUAGUUACUAGACCAUCUCCAUUUUUAGCAUUUGGCAUCUUCAUGACAGGACUUAAAGUCCUGUUCUUGCCUUUUAUUUUCUGAACUUGCUGCUUUUGCAUUCUUUGAGUUCAGUUUAAAGACAAGUCCAUUUUAAACCCUUGGGCUAGAAAUCGGACCACUGUUAAUUAGCCACAUUAUUUGGUCUAAUUUUUUUUCUUUAUCAUUCUGAAACUGGGUUUAUCUAAUACAUUGAUAAAUUAUUUCAAAGGUAAUUUUACCAUUGAAAUCACUUCACUUUUACCCUGACAAAUAUCAAUGACUAAGUAUGACCUUCGGAUAGGGUUUAGCAUCUGUAACCAAUCUGACAAUAACGUGUUCAUCAGGUGCCUAUGGAUUAAAUCACACAUUGGCACAUUUAAGCUAAAUGCCAGUCUGGAAAAUAAAUUUACUAUAUUAACUGAAAUAGCACUCUUUGUGUAGGUAUUUGUCAUACGUUUAAGAAAAAGCUAAAAAGAAUGGAAAUCGUAGGCCAAUAACUUAAAUCUUUCUUCAAAGUGUAUGCAGUCUUUUGUGACACCUGAUUCAGCCGAGAAUUUCUGCUCUUCCUCAUUCAGUAUAAGGCAGCUUUCAAUUUGCUUUGAAGGCAACAUUGGAAGGUUAGAGUUCAUCAGAAACAUAGAAUUUUAAAAUGUGAGUUCAACUGAAUAAAUUUGAAUUUCUGUAGGAAGAAUCAAAACACCUAUUUAAAGAUUGCAAAUAUAAUAAUCAUUUUUAAAGUAUUGGAUUAAAUCUGAUAGGUUUUCCAGAAAUGAACAAACAUCAGCUCUAAACAAAAGCUGAUUUUUAGAAAAUUUGAAAAUGUAAAUCAACCCUAUCCAUAAUAUAGUUUCUCUAAAUCUUUAUCUUAAAGAGUCAUUUUAAAAUAAUACAACUAUUUAAAAAUGUAACUGCUCUCUUAAUGUUCUGAAAUAAAACAUUUAAAAUAUGAAUACUGUAGUUUAAAAGAAAGAAAUGGUGGGAAGGAAAAGUAGAGAAAGAAAUGCCAGUUCCAGUCCAAAGCUUUAUUUGCCAAGUUUUCUUGGAAUGAAUUUUUCCAAUUUACAAAUUCUUGUAAACAGAAUGUAUAAUGGAAAUACUGAAAGACUUUUGCCUAACAUGGCAUUAUUUACUGCUGGUGUGAUGCUACUGUAAUGUAAUAAAUUAUUAAGUUGUUGCAAAGUGCUGUUUUUGCCUUAAAAUUUUAUUUUGCAUGUCUUGAAAACUAUAGUAUUAAUGGUAUUGAUACUGCGCAAAUGCUGGGCAUGCUUGGCAUGAGAUAAUCUGUUUCAUUUUUACAAAAUUGUAAUAUAUGCAAGGGUUUAUUAAAAGAACACAAAAUAAAAAAGUUAUGGGAUAAAAAAAGUUAUGGGGUGAAAAAGUUA